CUGCUGCCGGCGGAGCUGCGCGGGGCUCCCGCGGUGUAUUGCUCCGCUCCGUAGGGACGGCUAAGGCGGCACCAUGAAGAGGAGAGCAGGGGAGCGGGAGAAAGAACUGAAGAGGAAAAAACUUCUUGAAGAACUUGGGGAGAAUAGACUUCCAUACCUGACACCAGCCGAUGCUGAUUUCCACCAGCUGUGGAAGACCAAGUAUUCCAAGCUGAUUUUCAGGAAAUCUGAUACAGUACCUGAAGAGCUCCAUCAAAUGGUACAAGAAAGCUUUCUGGCCUUGCGAGAACACAACUGUUUCUUUCAAGAUCUUGUAAGGAUCAAAGGAAAAGACUUUCUCACUCCAGUGUCUCGUAUAUUAAUUGGAAGCCCAGGAUGCACUUAUAAGUACUUGAACACAAGAUUAUUUACAGUUCCUUGGCCUGCAGAAAGUUACAAUAUAAAAUAUUGCAGUCCUCAAAUACAUGAUGCUUGUAAAGCAUUAAUGAGACUUAAUGACUACUUGCAUAUUGAAACAGUCAAGGCAUUACAAGGACAAAAUUUGUUUGAAAACAAAGAAAUUAACGAUACUGCUAUACUAGAUAGGAAGCAAAGUUUUGCUACUUCUCUUACAGAGCAAGUGUCUGUUUCAAAAGAUCAAAGCAGUGUUUGUGUACCAGAGGAUGACAGAAGUCUAAAGAACAGAACAUCAUAUAAUUUGACUUUAUUAAAUUAUAUGGAUCCACUACAAAUGCUGUACUUGAAACAAGAGCCUUACUUUGGAAUGGGGAACAUGGCAGUGAGCUGGCACCAUGAUGAGAACCUGGUGGAGAGGUCAGCAGUGGCUGUGUACAGUUACAGCUGUGAAGAUUCAUCUGUAAAAGAAAGCAACGAACAGGAACUGAAGGGAAGAGACCCAGCUGUUUGGCACGUGGGCUUGAAGGUGGCAUGGGACAUAGAGACACCUGGCUUGGCAGUGCCACUUCACCAAGGAGACAUUUACUUGAUGCUUGAUGACCUCAAUAUGACCCAUCAGCACUGUGUUCUGGCUGGUUUGUCACCUCGGUUCAGCUCCACUCACAGGGUGGCAGAUUCUUCAAGAGGAACAUUGGAAUACAUAUUUGGGCGGUGUGAACUGGCACUCCAGAAUUUACAGACUGAUCCUGAUUCAAUGGCUUUGUCUUUGAAAUCACUGGAAGCUGCAGUGGUGAAGCAAGUAGAAGAAAUACAUAAUGAGGUUGAAUUUGAGUGGCUUAGACAGUUUUGGUUCCAAGGCAAGAGGUAUUUGAAGUGCACUGAUUGGUGGCUUAAGCCUAUGGCUAAAUUGGAAGAAUUUUGGAGAAAACUGGAGAUUAUGACAAGUCUGGUCCUCUCUGAGGUUAGAAAAGAGCAACAAAUUGAGGAACAAAGGAAUGAGACCAUCAGCUGCUUCCUGCUCCUUCUUAAGGAGAGACAAAAGCUGCGUAAAGAAUGGACAGCAAGGUGCCAGUCAGACGCAGCAGAGAGCUUGCCAGAAGACCAGAAACCAGAAUGCCAUCCCUUCUGGACAGAUGAUGAUGAAUGUAAUAUGCCUCUGCCAUAUGAUCUAGAAGAAGUAAUUGCUUAUCUACAAAAUCUUGUUCAAUGGAUAGAAUAACAAGUGACCUUCCAGCCUAGAAUUAUUGAUGCUGGUCAUCUGGGGAGAAGCUUUGUCAUUAUCAUAAAUCUUUUAAGCUUUAUGAUUUCUUGAUUAUAUGUUAUUUUAUGUGUCAAUGCAGAUUUUACCAGUCUUUACACAGUAGCUUAGUCACUGUCUCACAAUAAAGAGGACCAGCCCCCAAAUUUAGAGAAGCGUGUGUUUUUUAAGACCUGAAGUCCAGAACACCAGCCUUAGUUCCCUCCUCCUCCACUCUAAUUCCCAUUGACCCUACAGCCCAGGGAUAUCUGUGUUUCAAAGAAUCACAGGAUGGGGCAGGUUGGAAGGACCACAGUGGAAUCACCUUGUCCAACCUCUCUGCUCAAGUAGAAUUGCCCAGGGCACAGGGCUGUGUCCGGACAGUUCUGGAAUGUCCCCAGCGAGGGAGACUCCACAGGCUCUGGCCAGGCUGUUCAGUGCUCGGGCCCUGCACAGCAAAGAACUCCUUGCUCGUGUCCAAGUGCAACUUCCUGGGCAUCAUUCCUGCCCCUUCCUCCUGUCCCAUCGCUGGGCACCAGGAGCAGAGCCUGGUCCAUCCUCUGACACCUCCUGCAGAUACUGACAUACAUCAGUAAUGUCCCCUCUCAGCCAUCUCUUCUUGAGGCUGAGCAGGCCCAGCUCUGCAGUGUUUUGACACAUUCCCUUGGUAUCUGAAUUUCAGCUUCCAUGAGUGCCUAGAGCUGUCUCUGGCCUGGCAGGUUUGAGCAGCCCAAGGUGUAGCUCACACCUGUGCCAAAGCAGACUGCAUGAUCUGGGCAUCCUAACGAGAGGCCAGCUUGGGCUGAGCCUGCUGGAGAUCUUCAGAACAGACCUGUGGAUUCUCAAUCCGGUAACACAAAGGGGCAGGAGAUGCUGGAGAUAUUCCUUUGUGCAGUGGCUCCUUCUCAGAGCGUUUUUUCAGGAGAGGAAUUCUGUAGGAGCAUUCUAACACAGAUCCCAAGACUUUCUUUAGAGUAUUACUAAGAGAGAUUUCUGAUGUGAAUCUGUACCUCCUGGGCUCCCUGGAAUUCAGAAUUCAGUUCCUAAUCAUUGCUUUGUUUCUGCAUGUUGUGAAACCUAUUCUGAGGUCAGGUUUCCCAGUGCAUUGCCUAAAGAUGUGAUGGACCUAAGUAAGACCUUCCAUUUGGGCUGUUUGGUCCCCUGAGAAACUAGAUUUAGAUUGUCUGAUAUUGGGAAUUUCAGCAUCAAGUGAGAUCUAUGAGC